UUCAUGAAACAUGGUUAUUGAAAAGGGAAUUGAGGUGUCAUUAUUCUUUGCUUCUCUUCUUCUUAAUUUCUGUUUUGGAUCCUUUGGUUCUUCUCCAAAGAAACUCUAGCGAAGAACACCGUUCAAUCUGUAAACAGGAACCGAAAAAGAGCUGACCCGGUGUUUUAAGAACAACUCAUCAAAUGAUUUCAGAUCCAAAUCUGGUACUCUAUGCUUGCAUUGCGAAUGGACCCACGAUUAUUGCGGAAUUCUCUAGCAAAGAACAGCCGGGAAUCGAAUCGUUGGGCCGGAAAUGCAUCGAGAAAACCCCUCCUUUCCAUUCCAUGUUCUCUCACACAGCUUGUAAAAGAACCCACACCUUCUUAAUCGACGACCCUUUUGUCUAUUUCAUCAUAUCCCACGAGGAUCUUGACAAAUCCGAGUCCUUUUUGUUCUUGAAUCGCUUGAAAACUGCUUCCGAGGAUCUUCUUCGAAGAGGUUUGAUCGUGGGUACUGAUGAUUUGACCCCGAAUUGUCUCCAGUCCCAUUUCGAUCCAAUCUUUUCUGAGCUAAUGGGCUUGGAUUUGGUGUUCAUUGGAUCUCCAGGCAAAGACAGUCGGAACCCAAGUAUGGAUUCCGACAGAGGCAAAGGAACCAUGGCGGCUCCGCUGUUGGAGCAGCCGAUUAAGGGGUUAAAAAAGAAGAAGAGGUUCGGGGGCUUGGAGAUCAACGGCGGUGAGGGCAAAGACUGUGGCGGUGGAAUUGGGAUGGAUAACAUGGUUGACGUGAGUGAUGAUUUUAGAGAUUUCUCGGUUUCAAUGCAGAAGGGUGGCGCUUUGGGUAGCGGCGGAGAAAGGCAAAAGGCCAAGAAAACUUGGAAGAAACAUGUAUGGGUGGUUUUGGUGUUGGAUCUGCUCGUUUGUGCUACUCUAUUCGGGAUUUGGUUGUGGGUUUGCAGAGGCCUUCAAUGCAUUGAUGCUUGAAAGUUGAAACUUCUCUCUCUUUCAAUUUUCUGGCUUCAUUGAAGUCUUUUUGUUGUUGAUUUUCAGUUCUUUUUUUUCAGUUAUUGGUUUGCAAAAUGAGAUGUAAUUGCACCAAAAACUGUUCAUACCUACAGCAUACAGAUAAACAAAAACACCACCUGCUGCCAUUGUUGUUGAAUGCUUCAUGUUAUUGUCUCUUUAAUCGAUUAAAGACCAU